CAAAUUGUUUUGUGUGUGUGUGUGUGCGAGCAGCAGCAGCAGCAACAACAACCUGGUCUGGGCUCUGAGUGUCUGAUACGGGUACGUCCGCUUUCCUCGCUCAUUAGCGGUGCUUUCUCGCGCGCCCAGGAGAGUCAAAGUCAAGUGGAAUUCGGAAAACCUACAACUACGGCACCAGGCACCAGCCAAAACGAUUAUUGGCGAAUUGAUAUACGCAGUCAAGUGCAGCCUGAGAGGAGGAGCAUCAGCAGCAGUAGUGGCAGCAGAUCCAAGAGCAAGGUAACAGGAUACAAGGAUACAAGGACUCGAUUCUGUACAUGCCAGAGGAUCAUACAAAACAAUACAAUCGCAGACAUUUCGGAGCAACCAGGACCGGGACCACCGCCAGUCAUGCCGCUCUUCACGAGGAAAACCACCAAGCCGGGAUCUGCCGCAGAUAAUGCCUCACAGAACAGCAACAACAGUGAUGGGGGGAAGGGGCGUGCCUCUGGCGGACCCGCCACCAUUCAGAACAACAAUAACAACAACAACAAUAACAGCAGUCCCGACUACUCGAAGCCCCCACUGGUGUUCCACUGCCAGCUGGCCCACGGCAGCCCCACGGGGCUCAUCCACGACUUCUCGAGCGUGCGGGAGCUGUACCAGAAGAUCGCCGAGUGUUUCGACAUCUCGGAGAAGGACAUUCUUUUCUGUACGCUCAACUCGCACAAGGUGGACAUGGCCCGGCUGUUGGGGGGCCAGAUAGGGCUGGAUGAUUUCAUAUUCGCCCACCGCAAGGGCCGGCCGAAGGAGAUCGAGAUUGUCAAGUCGCAGGAGGCCCUCGGGCUGACCAUCACCGACAAUGGGGCCGGCUACGCCUUCAUCAAGCGCAUCAAGGAGGACUCGAUCAUCGACCGCAUCGAGCACAUCUGUGUGGGCGAUCACAUCGAGAAGCUUGAUGGCCAGAAUAUGGUGGGCAAGCGGCACUACGAGGUGGCUCGCAUGCUCAAGGACAUUCCCACGGGCGAUACCUUCACGCUGCGGCUGGUGGAGCCCGUGCGGAGCGGUUUCCAGGGAAUUGGGCCGCGCAGCCAGUCCCGGGCCACGGGCAGCGCCGGCGGUGGACGAAACUACGGCAGUGGCAAGGAGACGCUCCGUUUCAAGGCCAACGGAAAUGCACAGAUCGAGCCAAAGUUCGACGAGGCCACGGUGGCCGGGAUCGAUGCCAUCAAUAAUCUGCUCGAGUCCUUCAUGGGCAUCAACGACACGGAGCUGGCGUCGCAGAUCUGGGAUUUGGGCGACAAAAAGUCCAACUCAAUGGACUUUGCCGAGUCCAUUGACAACUCAGACCUCGAGUCCUUUGGCUUCACCGACGACUUCAUCAUCGAACUCUGGGGUGCUAUAACGGAUGCCCGCCGCAAGUCCACGACCAGCCCCAAGUAGGGGCCGGCCCGACCCGAAGGUUGGGAAUCGGGAACUGUGCGCAUGCAUUUUAUAUUGACUAUUGACUUGUUUAGGAACCAAUAAAAAGAAAACACACAGAAACCAUUAGAGAAACUAAGAGCCCAAGCCAAGCCCAUGCAGAAGAGCCUUUUCUGUUGUUCUUAACUAUUGCUAUUAUCAUUAAAAUAUGUUUUGAUUAAAACUGAGUUACUAUAUCAUAUCCAUAUAGCCUGCAUGUGUUGUCUGCCUUUGCCAAUUAUUUUGUAUUUGUAUCACGAUAAAGUAUUUAUUAUUUAUAUUCCUUUACACGAAGGAAGGGAAGGUCGGAGCUAUCUAUAGUAUAUUUUUUGUACAAGUUUCUUCAAUGUACAUAUUUUUUGCAUACCAUACGUUUAAUUACUAUAUAUUCA